GACUGGUGGUGACUAGCAGACGUCAAGCACAUUUACGAAAGCACAGCAAGUGGCGGCAGCGCGUGUGAGGCCUGUGUUUUUAUUGACGAUUGCAACUCUAGUGAAGCCUGAGCUUAUGUUUUUAGAGGAUUCUUCUUCAAGUCGUGCGAUUAUGGUCGUUUCGUGUCACUGCCGCAAAUCGCCCGUGUCAGAAGUCCAAGACAGCCAUGCCCGAGCCAGAGUCAGAGAAAGCCUCUGGGCUGGGAGACAUCUGCAGGAGGCGCGACUGGAUAAAUCUGAGCAGGUGCCUUGCUGCAGGUUGUACAGUUAACCAGAGAGAUCACCAUGGCCUGACUCCACUGCAGAUUUGUUCUGCAUUGGGAUGGACUGAGGCAGUCUUGUUGCUUCUAAAGCAUGGGGCUGAUGUCAAUCAGGCUUGCCCUCUUGGGUGGACACCAUUGAUGCAAGCGGUUCGAAAUGGGCAAUCUGACGUAGUUGGGGUUUUAAUAAAAGCGGGAGCUGAUGUUUCCAUGCAGAAUGUUUAUGGUUGGGACAGCAUGAGUCUGGCUGUAGAGAGCACUGAGAGAGACUCUAUGGCAAUGUUGAUGCCACUGGCUGACUCUUCUGGUAUUUUUCGAGCUUUGGCCAGGGCAUGUCAACUGGGUAAAAUAGAAGAUGUCAGUUACCUGCUCAACCAUCAGGCUAAUGUAAAUGGGAAAUUACCAGAUUCGGGCUUGACUCCAUUGAUGUUGGCUGCUUGUGGGGGACACACUGAAGUUGUGAAAGUGCUCUUGGCAUCUGCAGCAAACGUACACAUGACAAAUUCAUCUAAUUUGACAGCAUUGGACAUGGCAUUGAUCAACGGACAUAACGACGUGGGGGUUCUGUUGACUCCACCUCCUACAAUAUCUUUCAUGAAAGCCAGUUCACUGUCCCCACAUCCUCCAUUCCAUUCCCUGGCCCUCCCUCAGUGGAGCCCAUAUGGGAUGCCUUUGAACCCAUGCACCCCAGCUUACCAUACCCCUAGUGUUGGACCACACAGUCCUCAGAUUUUUAAAUUUCCCCCUAGUCCGACAUGUGCUUGCACACCUUUUAACUGUACGCCAUAUAUAUCACCCCACCAGUCACCAGCACAUUUAUCUCCUUAUUUAAUGGCACACAGUCCUCGCCAGUGUGUCAGCCCCACAGCUUGUUCUUCGCCUUUGGUUCCCCCAUGGCUGUUUUCCUAUGGUCACUGUUACUAUAAAGUGGAGCCCAAAUUCAAGUUGGAAAGUCGCAAAAUAUUAAGAAGAUGGUGGAAAAAACUCAAGAGAAGGUUCGGAAAGAAAAGACAACACAAAAAUGUGGGUGUCUAUGUGAGUGUUCAUGGGCAUGAAGCAAAACACAGUGACCCACAGCUGGAAGCUUUACUGCAUAGUCUGAAUUUGGAGUCUCUCAGUCCUCUUCUGAAGAGUCAUGAGAUUGAUGUUGAUACAUUCCUCAAUUUAAGACAGGCAGACUUAGAAGAACUUGGCAUUGUUGACAAGGCUUUUCAGUUUUUCAUUUUGCAAAGAAUCAGGUCACUAAAUAACAAUUUGUAAUUUGAAAAUUAUUUUGGCAUUGUAGUUUUAUUGUAGGUAGCAUUUAAUGCGUGUUUUUAAUUGUUGACAUAUUGAUUAUUUUACAAUGUAUUGAUGUUCCAAGAACUCAGAUUUAAAUAAACUCAAAGGCACACUGA